AUGCUCUGUAUGGUUGAUGUCAAAUUAUCUGGGGAGCCUCAUACUGACGAUAAGCCAAGUUUGAAGACUGCGUCAAAAAUCCACUCUUAUUCGCUAUAUAGGAUUCUACAUCCUAAAAUGAGAGAGAAGCCGAAUGUCCUCAAGGCCUCGUUACACCAAAAGCUGCUCCGGUAUUUGGUGCAAGAUCUCCAGUAUGGGGCUGAAGAUGCAAUCAAGUUGUUAAAUCAUGACCCGAAACCUACUACUGCUGAUGGAGUCAGGAAGUGGAACGGCGGUAGCGGUGUUACGCAUGCGCCUCGCCCCACCACCACAUCCGAUGGAUUUAGACUUGGCUUUGUGUGCCUCUCGGGUUUCGCCAGGGCCUUUGGCAUCACCUCCGGUGCAGGCAGCCCUCCGCCAGGGCUUAUACUAAUUCUGACCAGGCAUGCCAUUCCAACCAUCCGAAAGAUCGUGGUUCCAUAUCAUUAUUCUUCGAGGUUUACAUGGAAAAAGGAUGUCACUUCAAUAUUAUCAGAAACAUGGGCAGCCGAGCAUUCGAAACUUAUGAUUAAGAUUCCAGAAUGCGGGAAGAACGGGACGAGGAGGAACGCUUCUCCAGGCAGGGGUGGCUGGAACUCGUGGGGGGUGAAUGCCCUCGUUUUCCUCCCCCAUAUCCUCCUCGCGGUCAAUACUCCAGCGCCUAAGCCUACAACACCGCAGCCAUAG